GCAGAGAAGCACGCCUCUGAUCUCCAGAACAACACAACGCCCUCCUCUUCCUUCUCGCGUGAUUGUAUUAGGAAGCACGGAGCGACUCGAGGGGGGAAGGCGCAGGAAGGAGGUUUGGGUGCGAGUCGCUACAAGUUGAAACGCUCCGCAUUUACCUCCAGUAUUGUGCCCAUGGCUGAAAGCUAACGCCGGUUCGUGUGCAGAGCGGCCUCUCGGUCCCUGUCUUGCUGGUGCCGUGCCGGGUCAGGAUGCUGUUCUCUCUGCGGGAGCUGGUCCAGUGGCUCGGCUUAGCCACCUUCGAGAUGUUCCUGCAUCUGCUUGCGCUGACAGUGUUCAUCCUGCUGGUGGCGCUCAAGGCGGAUGGGUUUGCGCAGCUCACCUGGUGGGUGGUGUUCGCGCCCCUCUUCUCUGCGGACGGCCUCAGCACCUACUUCACGGCCAUCGUGUCGGUGCGGCUGUGCCAGGAGGGGGAGAAGCGGCUGGCUGUGCUGCGGCUGUUCUGGGUGGUCACCGUGCUCAGCCUCAAGUUCGUCUGCGAGAUGCUUCUGUGCCAGAAGCUGCAGGAGCGUUCCCAGGAGCUCUGGUUCGGGCUCAUCGUCUCUCCUGUCUUCAUCCUGCUGCAGCUGCUUAUGAUCCGAGCCUGUCGGGUCAACUGAGGGGCGCAGAGCCGUGUGACCCCCUGCAGCAUUCUGAACUGUGCCCCCCCCCCCCUCCAGUGAGCCCCCUGCAGCAUUCUGAACUGUGCCCCUCCUGUGAGCGCCCUUCAGCAUUCUGAACUGUGCCCCCCCCCCUCCAGUGAGCCCCCUGCAGCAUUCUGAACUGUGAUUAUUAAGCCAGGGAUUUCACUCAUGCUGAACGUGAGGAAUAGAAUUGAGAAGAUCAGCAGGAAGGUGGGUCUGUCUGUACAGACAGGCUCUUUACAUGCCACCUGUUUCAUCGUUGAUAUGUUUUUUUAAUUUUGUAAAUACGUCAGAGAUUAAAUUUGUAUACUCUGUACUCUGUCCAGUGUUUGUCAAAUAAAUACAGAAACACAAAAUAAUUACUCUGUCCAGUCUGUGCUCUACAAGAAAAUAAACUCCACAGUGUGUUGUGGUGCUGUGUGUC